CAUGCUGCCCGCCCGGACUGCCCUCUGGCUGCGCCUGACUUUGGUCCUGGGCCUGGUGCUCGUUGGCCCUGUGACCGUGGGGUGGGCCUCGGCCAGGGCCCCCAUCUAUGUGAGCAGCUGGGCCGUACGGGUGUCCCAGGGUUACCAGGAGGCCGAGCGCCUGGCGCGCAAAUUCGGCUUUGUCAACCUGGGGCAGAUCUUCCCUGACGGGCAGUAUUUCCAUCUGCGGCACCGGGGCGUGGUCCAGCAGUCCCUGACUCCCCACUGGGGCCACCGCCUGCGCCUGAAGAAAGAUCCCAAGGUGCAGUGGUUCCAGCAGCAGACACUGCGGCGGCGGGUGAAACGCUCCCUCGUGAUGCCCACAGACCCAUGGUUCUCCAAGCAGUGGUACAUGAACAACCAGGUGCAGCCAGACCUGAACAUCCUGCAAGUCUGGAGCCAGGGGCUGUCAGGCCAGGGCAUCGUGGUCUCAGUCCUGGACGAUGGCAUCGAGAAAGACCACCCAGAUCUCUGGGCCAACUAUGACCCCUUGGCCAGCUACGACUUCAAUGACUAUGACCCGGACCCUCAGCCUCGAUACACACCCAGCGACGAGAACCGGCAUGGGACCCGCUGUGCCGGGGAAGUGGCCGCCAAAGCAAACAACAGGUUCUGCGGCGCAGGGGUCGCCUACAACGCCAGGAUUGGAGGUGUGCGCAUGCUGGACGGCACCAUCACUGACGUCAUCGAGGCCCAGUCGCUGAGCCUGCAGCCCCAGCACAUUCACAUCUACAGUGCCAGCUGGGGCCCCGAGGACGAUGGCCGCACAGUGGAAGGCCCAGGCAUCCUCACCCGAGAGGCCUUCCGGCGCGGCGUGACCAAGGGACGAGGUGGGCUGGGCACACUCUUCAUCUGGGCAUCAGGCAACGGUGGCCUGCACUAUGACAACUGUAACUGUGAUGGCUACACCAACAGCAUCCACACACUCUCAGUGGGCAGCACCACACAGCAGGGCCACUUGCCCUGGUACAGCGAGGCCUGUGCCUCCACGCUCACCACCACCUAUAGCAGCGGCGUUGCCACUGACCCCCAAAUCGUGACCACAGACCUGCACCAUAGGUGUACCGACAAGCACACGGGCACCUCGGCCUCUGCCCCCCUGGCUGCAGGCAUGAUAGCCCUGGCUCUGGAGGCCAACCCAUUCUUGACAUGGAGGGACAUGCAGCACCUGGUGGUCCGGGCGUCCAGGCCAGCACAGCUCCAGGCGGAGGACUGGAGGACCAACGGUGUGGGGCGCCAAGUGAGCCACCACUAUGGUUACGGGCUAUUGGACGCAGGGCUGCUGGUGGACAUGGCUCGCUCAUGGCUCCCCACACAGCCCCAGAAGAAAUGUGUCAUUCCGAUUGUGCACACCCCCACGCCAGCAGGAGGGGCCCUCACCUCACACAUAGCAGCCCCCAGCCCCAUCCUGCCACUGAUGCAUGUGAGGAAGAAUGUGUCGGCCUGCGCUGGCCACGCCAACUACAUCCGUUCAUUGGAGCACGUGCAGGUGCAGCUGUCCCUGUCCUACAGCCGCCGAGGGGACCUGGAGAUCUCGCUCACCAGCCCCAUGGGCACCCGCUCCACGCUUGUGGCCAUCAGACCCUUUGAUAUCAGUGGUCAAGGCUACAACAACUGGAUCUUCAUGUCCACCCAUUUCUGGGAUGAGGACCCGCGGGGCUUGUGGACACUGGGCCUAGAGAACAAGGGCUACUACUUCAACACAGGGACACUGUACCGCUACACGCUGCUGCUCUACGGGACAGCCGAGGACAUGACGGCGCGGCCCACAGGCCCCCAGGUGACCAGCAGCGCGUGUGUGCAGCGGGACACAGAGGGGCUGUGCCAGGAAUGCCACAGCCCCGCCUACAUCCUGGGUCACCUCUGCCUCGCAUACUGCCCGCCAAGGUACUUCAACCAUACCCAGCAGACAGUGACCGCUGGACCUGGGCUCCCAGCCACACCCGCCCUGCGGGUGUGUUCCAGCUGCCACUCGUCCUGUUAUACCUGCCGCGGCAGCUCCCCGCUGGACUGCACCUCCUGCCUCCCACCAUCCACACUGGAUGAGCAGCGGGGCUCCUGCUCAGGACCUGCCCCUGACAAGGGCCAACCCCCGCCCACCGCAACUGCCCACCGAUGCAGCCCAGCCCAGGCCAUGGUGCUGGCCCUGAUAGCCGUGGCCUUCGGGAGCCCCCUCCUCUGUAGCAUGCUCCUCGUGGGCUGCCUGCCGCCGUGGGUGGGAUCCCCCAGCACAGGGGGCCAUUCCAGUCACCCACUGCUGUGGGCUGGAACCUGGCUACGGCUGAGUAGGAGCUGGUGUGUGCCUCAGCCCAGGCCCCAUGGCACUGCUGACCACUGUCCAGACUGGCACCCCUCCGAACCUGCCCUUGGAGGGCAGGCCAGAGGCGGCUACAUGGGAUCCUGCAACCUGGACUUGGCAGGUCCAAGUGAAGAGGGGGAGAGAGAGAGAGAGAGAGAAGUCUAGUUGG